AUUCCCGUCUUACGCAUCCUAUUUUCUGAGAUUCAUAUUCCUUUUUGUUUUUUCGUUCAAUCCGUGACAAUGACCAUCCAUCCACUGUCGAAGAUCACUCCAAGCAGUGAAUGUUGGAGGAUCAUGGUUCGUGUCGUACGAUUGUAUACUUUACCCGCUUAUAAUGAUGAGAGGACUACAAAUUCCAUUGAAAUGGUGUUCAUGGAUGAACAUGGAACUACGAUACAUGCCACUGUCUGGAGAAGUUUGGUUGGAAAUUUUGAGAAGCGAAUAAAGGAAGGGUCUGUGUAUGUCUUUGCCUAUUUUGGCAUCGGCAUUAGUAGUGGAAAUUAUCAGACCUCUCGACAUGAGUUCAGGCUGAAUUUCCAACCAAGAACCACUGUAACUGCAUCUAGCUACAGUAUGGGGGUCCUAACUGCUGUGGGCAAGCAAAAAGAAAUUGUUAAAGAGUCCAAAAAGACAAAGAUGAUUGUGAUUCAGUUAGAAGCGGAUGGGGUGACGUUAGAUAUAACCCUGUUUGGGGAGUACGUUGACAAGAUCAAAAGCUUCUUUGGGAAACAACCAUUGGAAAAUGCGAUCAUUGUGAUUCAGUAUGCAAAGGUGAAAACGUAUCAAGGAAAUAUAAUUUUGCAGAAUGUCAUGUACGGAACGCGUCUCCUGUUAAAUCCUGAAAUAGAAGAGGUUGUUGCAUUCAGACAAAGGGCUGUGAGAGCUGAUGGUACCAUGUACUAUUGCAUGUAUUGUGCGUGUCGUGUUAUGAAUGUCACCCCAAGGUAUCGAAUCAAGACAAGAGUUGUUGACACCACGGACAGUGCUACUUUCGUAGUACUUGAAAGCGUUGGAUGCUUGCUGCUCCAUAAAUCAUGUUCGGAGAUGUUGAAAUAUUCUGAGAAUCUGCCGAGUGGAGACAUAAAACCCGAUAAUUUGAUUGAAGAUUUUGUGCAAUCAAAGGAUAAUCAGUUUGAACGACUUGGAGAUGAUAUCACCGACUCUACUAUUGACAAAAGAAUCGAAGAGGUUGAAACUGACUAUGUAGACGGUCAUGAACCGAGCAAGAAGAUGAAGACCGUUAAGAUUGAGAAAAUUUAAGACUAGAAGUAUUAUGUUAGAUGGAGUACUAUUCAGUUUUUGGGAUUUCAUUUACAUGUUAGACAUUUUAUAAUUUAUCAUUUUUGAUGACUUUGGUGUUUGAAAUUAAAAACUUGAAAAUUUC